AUGCCUUCCAAUACGUCUAUCAGUAAUCAUGGCUCAGGUCCGCAAAACAUCUCGUCAGGCGAUGGGCCUCAAUAUAACAACAAUGCGAGUGGCAUACAGAUUAAUUCCAGUAAUUUUGCCGGGUUCAAUCCCUUCCGUGAACUCGCUGAGGUUGAGAGGUUGCCAAUAGAAAAUCGAGGUGGUAUGCCUAGCGACGACCAGCCAUGUUGCCGUGAGGAUUUCCAUGUUGCAAUCAUCUGCACAUUACCUCUCGAGUAUGAUGCCGUUUCACUAGUCUUUGAUCAAUUCUGGGACGAAGACGGAGACUCGUAUGGCCGCGCGCAUGGAGAUACAAACACUUACACAACCGGACAGAUUGGGAAGCAUAACGUCGUGCUGGUACUUCUUCCCAACAUGGGCACGGGCGCGGACGAAAUACUCUUGGGCGACGUAGUCAUUAGCAAAACGGUGAUUCAGCAUACCCUGGGAAGACAGUACCCUAACAAAUUCGUGGCCAAAGAUACAGUAUACGACAGCCUCGGCCGACCAAAUAAAGACGUUCGCACUCUAAUUGCCAGUUUUGAAACUGAGCGUAGACGAAGACAACUGCGGCAGAAGGCCGGACAAUAUCUAAGAGACUUACAAUCCGCAGCAAUAAAAGAGAGGCACCGAUGCAGUUACCGAUAUCCCGGUGUGGGUGAGGACAAGCUAUUUGCGGCCAGCUAUCGCCAUAAACACCGGGCAUCGCAGAAGUGUAAAUGCACUCAGGAGACGAAUGGCCUUUGUGAAGAAGCUGCCCAGGCGCUUUGUUCCACACUCAUGUGCGAUGAAGGACAACUGAUCUUCGUUGGCUGCGUGGCUUCUGGUGAUACGGUAAUGAAGUCUGGUGAACACCGUGACCGAAUCGCUGGACAGCGAGAUAUCAUGGCUUUUGAGAUGGAAGGUGCCGGUAUUUGGGACGAGGUAUCUUGUGUUAUUGUCAAGGGAGUUUGCGAUUAUGCCGAUAGUCACAAGAACAAGGUAUGGCAGCCGUUUGCGGCUGCUACGGCGGCAUCCGUGAUGAAGGCAAUGCUGGGACGAGACACCCUGACCGAGCCAUCAUCUUCUCACUCAAGGGUUAUUCCCGAUUCUCAUGGCCGAUAG